CAAUGUCAACCUUUCCAUUGGAUGUUCUGACCGAAAUCCUUUGUCGACUACCCGUUGAUUGUGUGUUACGUUGUAGGUGCAUAUCAAGAACUUGGUGGGCUCUCAUUGAUAGUGAAGAGUUUGCAAAAUUGCAUGUCAAGUAUUCAGUGAAAACCAAUUCUAACCUUGGGGUGAUGUUGAGAAAGGUCGACUAUUUUGAAUAUGGAAAGCGUUGCUUUUACUCUCUAGACUUUGAUUCUCUCAACUCCCGAGUUGUUACUCCCAAAGAAUUGACCAACCCUUUGAUGUCUUGUGAAAUUAACACCAAGAUACUUGGUUCUUGUAAUGGAUUAUUGUUGAUAUCAAAUACUGUGGAUGAAAUUGCCUUAUGGAACCCUUCAACGAGAAAAUACAAGAAGAUACCAGUUGUGGGGAUUACUGAAAACCAUGUCCAUGUGCAUGUUAAUUUUGGUUUUGGGUAUGAUGUUACUAAUGAUGACUAUAAGGUUGUUAGAAUUGUGCAGUUUCCCGGAACUGAAAAAGAUUCUUUUCACUCUGAUGUUAAGGUUUUCAGUUUGAGAUCAAGUUGUUGGAGACAGGUUGAAGAAGAAGUUUCUUAUUACCUCCGAUAUGAAGAUCAACCAGGUACAUAUCUUAAUGGUUCAUUGCAUUGGAUUGCUAGUGCUAAGAUGGAGAGACCUGGCAAUAAAUUAGAACCACUGAUUGUUGCUUUUGACCUUGGAACUGAAAAGUGGGGACUUUUCCCGCGUCCCCUUAUACUGAUACGGGUUUCAUUGCAAAAAAUGUCAAAAUCUCAAUUAGUACCCCUACAUAUCGACAACGAGUCCGGUCACCAGGGUGAAAAUAACAACAUAGUGCCCGGUAACGUGGGGCCACCCGCUGGUCCCGUUGGAAUUUCGAUCACAGAUCCGAUUGAUGUUAAUUCACAUGUGGCGAUCGACGCCAACUUGCCUACCGACCCCGAAAAUAGCAUCCGUGGUGGGGUCCGAUCGGCGAUUCGAAACACACAAAACAAUGAAGAAGACGGGAUCAACCUAUAG